AUGGGCAGACAACCAUACGAGGACGCAACCCUUCUCCAGAGAGAGAGGGGGGGAUGGCCAGGGGAUAUAAAAGCGACUUCAACCAUCUCCGGUAUACCGUUGAUUGCUACUAUUAUUUACUGUGUAUCUUAUCUACUGUCUGAUGAACCGAGCAAGAUAAGAACCGAAAUUCGCAAGUCCCAGAGGUAAGCAUUCCUAGCUAGAGAAUACAUAACAGUCACUUGAUAUUCUGUCACAAGAAUUGGGUUUUCGCCCUACCCAGAAGUUUUUUUGAGAAUUCCUCUCAUAAUCAAUCGUGGGUUCAAUCCGGUUUUGUUUUAUUUCCCAAGCUUUUUCUUGCUGUACCCAUCAUUAAUCAAGCAUUCAAGGGUCAUUUCAUACAUUACACGGUUUGCAAGCCGGAGAGAGAGAGAGAGAGAGAGAGAGAGAGAGAGAGAGAGAGAGAGUUGACACUGGAUUCGUACUAAAGGUACAUAUAGGUCCAGCAUUUUUUGAUAACUUAGGUAUCCAGCCAGCUUACGGGUGGCUCGACUAACCAUGGGACCACUAUAUGUAUCCAACAUUGAGUGUUAGGUUUUGAAACUGUCUUUCUCUGGGCUUAAUCUGAUGGUGGAGGGCAUAUAGUGGUAAGUGGUAACCAUGGCUUAUUUGGCCUCUUUAGUGAGUUUGGGUAGUGCAGCUGCUAGUUCCCCCGGGAAUUUAGAUAUUCAUAGAGUUUAUCUUUCUAGAAAUGUUAGUAGUUUUUGCGGGAUUUGGGUUGGGAGGAGAUGGAAGUAUGUUGGGAUCUGUAAAUAUUCGGGAAAAACUGGUUUAGCUGAGCAAGAGACUUCAUUUCCGCUUGAUCUCAAGACGGUCCCCAAGCCGAUUUUGAAGUCCAAAUCCCCUUUAGACACCGACUCGGGCUAUACGUAUCCAUGGGAUGAUAGAAAAUCCAAGGAUGAUGAAGAAGAGAGAAGUAAAGUGCUUGAGUCACUGGGAGAGGUAUUGGAGAAGGCAGAGGAAUUAGUUACUAAACCACCGACAAAAACAAGUCCUAAACCCAUUAUACUCAUUAACGGGAAACCAGUUGAUUCAACAGUUGGUUUGAAGUCUAAGGCUGCGAGGAGCGUGUGGCGAAGGGGGAACCCAGUGACCAGCACAAAAGAUGUUGUUAAGGAGUCACCUAAAAUUGAGAAGGUUGAAAAUCACGGAACUAGGUUAGAGGGAGUGGGUAAGGUUGAUUCUCAGCCUGUUUUGCAACUACCUGUAAAGGCUCAAUCAAAAUUACAAGGUAGACCCUCUUUAGCUCCUCCACCCAGGCUGGUAAAGAAGCCUACUAUCUUGAAAGAUAUUGGGGAGGCUACAAAGGCUCUGACGAAAAACGAUGGAACUGACUCAGGUGGUGAAAGGAAAGAACGAAAACCAUUAUUGAUUGACAGAUUUGCAUCCAAGAAGCCUACUAUCUUGAAAGAUACUGAGGCGGCUAUGAAGGCUCCGACAAAAAACGAUGGAACUGACUUAGGUGGUGAAAGGAAAGAAAGAAAACCCAUAUUGAUUGACAAAUUUGCAUCCAAGAAUCCUGUUUUUGACCCUUGGAUUGCUGAAGCAGUAUUAGCACCUACGAAACAAAAAGCAGGAAAGGGACCAGUCCCUGGAAAAUUUAGAGACGACUUUCGAAAGAAAAGCAGUCCAACUGAUGGCCCCAGGCGACGUAGGAUUGAUAAUGCUGAGACUGAUGAUGAUGAAGAGGCCUCAGAACUUAAUAUUUCGAUUCCAGGCAUUGCUACAAAGCGAAGGGGAAGGAAAUGGAGUAAGGCAAGUCGGAAGGCAGCUAGACUCCAGGCAGCUAAAGAGGCUGCUCCUGUUAAAGUAGAAAUUUUGGAAGUUGGUGAAGAAGGUAUGUUGAUGGAGGAGUUAGCCGACAACUUGGCUAUCAAUGAAGGUGAGAUUUUUGGAUAUCUAUUCUCUAAGAGUAUUGCAUCUGUUCGGGUGAAAAAAAUUGACCGAGACAUAGUUAAGAUGAUUUGUAAAGAGUAUGAUGUGGAAGUCAUCGAUUCUGCCCCCCAUAGAGUGGAGGAAAUGGCAAGGAAGAAGGAAAUUCUUGACGAAGAUGACCUGGACAAGCUGGAAGACAGACCUCCCGUCCUUACUAUAAUGGGUCAUGUGGAUCAUGGGAAGACAACUUUACUGGAUUACAUAAGGAAGAGCAAGGUAGCUGCUUCUGAAGCUGGUGGGAUUACGCAAGGAAUCGGAGCAUAUAAGGUGCUCGUACCUAUCGAUGCCAAGUUGCAGCCAUGUGUUUUCCUCGAUACUCCUGGGCACGAGGCCUUUGGAGCAAUGAGAGCUCGAGGAGCAAGGGUGACAGACAUUGCUAUAAUUGUAGUGGCUGCUGAUGAUGGUAUCCGUCCUCAAACAAAUGAGGCCAUAGCUCAUGCCAAAGCAGCUGGUGUACCUAUUGUGAUUGCCAUAAACAAGAUAGACAAGGAUGGAGCUAAUCCGGAACAAGUGAUGCAAGAGCUUGCUUCAAUUGGUUUAAUGCCAGAAGAAUGGGGUGGCGAUGUACCGGUGGUUCAGAUCAGUGCUCUUAAAGGGGAGAAGGUUGAUGAUUUGUUGGAAACCGUCAUGCUGGUUGCAGAGAUGGAAGAGUUGAAAGCUAAUCCUCACAGAGGUGCAAAGGGAACAGUAAUUGAGGCAGGUCUUCAUAAAGCCAAAGGGCCAAUAGCUACAUUCAUUGUGCAGAAUGGCACCCUUAAAAGAGGAGAUAUGGUUGUUUGUGGUGAAGCCUAUGGAAAGGUUCGGGCUCUAUUUGACGAGAAGGGAGAUCGUGUUGAUGAAGCUGGACCGUCUAACCCUGUACAGGUGAUGGGACUUAAUAUUGUUCCAAUUGCCGGUGACGAAUUUGAGGUCGUUGGCUCCCUUGUCGUUGCACGUGAAAAGGCAGAGGCACGCGCGGAGUCAUUGCGAAAAGAACGUAUAGCGGCGAAGGCUGGGGAUGGGAAGGUUACACUUGCUUCCUUGGCUUCCGCAGUGUCAGCUGGAAAACAGUCCGGUUUGGACUUGCACCAGCUUAAUAUUGUUAUGAAAGCUGAUCUUCAGGGAUCUAUAGAGGCUAUAAGACAAGCCCUGCUGGUGCUUCCACAAGAUAAUGUGAGUUUGAGAUUCCUAUUGCAAGCGACUGGGGAUGUAAGCGCCAGCGAUAUUGAUCUUGCAGUCGUCAGUAAAGCAAUUAUUGUGGGAUUUAAUGUUAAAACACCUGGUUCCGUAAAGAGCUAUGCGGACAUCAAAGGCAUUGAGGUUCGGACGUAUAGGGUCAUCUACGACCUUAUUGAUGAUGUGCGAAAUGCUAUGGAGGGACUCCUGGAUCUUGUUGAGGAACAAAUAAAAAUUGGUUCAGCAGAAGUCCGAGCUAUAUUUAGCAGUGGUAGUAGUCGUGUUGCAGGCUGCAUGGUUACAGAAGGAAAAGUAGUGGAGGACUCUGGCAUUCGAGUUUUAAGAAAAGGGAAAACUGUACAAGUUGGUAUCCUCAAUUCUUUGAGACGGGUUAAGGAACAGGUGAAAGAGGUAAAUGUCGGACUGGAAUGUGGAAUCAGGAUCGACAGCUUCUUGGAUUGGGAGGAGGGAGAUAUUCUAGAGGCUUUCAACACGGUGAAAAAGAAGCGAACACUUGAAGAGGCUUCGGCCACAAUGGCAGCUGCAAUUGAAGGAAUGGGGAUAGGACGAUGAGUUCUAAUGCUAACAGAAGGGUUUUAUCCUGCUUUUGAUCUUCCUCAUUUUUGGAAACACCUGUUUUACCUCGCACGGAGAUGAGGCAUAAUGAUCCCUUCCGCGGAUUUUUUCCUAACUUGCCGGAAGUGAUAUGAACAAGUGUCCAUCGAUUUCAACCUGUUGCUAAUGCUUGCUGCGGAGGAUAUUGAUUUAACAAGGUUAGGUCCAUAGCUGUAUGUUCUCAGGCUGUAAAUAGUGAACACAUCUUGUUUCAGCUCCCUAUUGGAAAGUGGUUCAGAAGGCUAUUCAUUUAAAUGCUGAAGAUUGGGCCAUUGAUUUCGAUGCUGAAGAUUCAAUGAUAUCUCCAAUUGUACCAGGUACAUCAACAGAUGGUGAAUACACAACAAAGUGAAGAAAAAGAAGAGUUUUAUUUAUUUUAUUUUUUUGCGAUUUUCUAAAUUUGAUGUAUCAUCCCUCAGAAAGAUUGAUUUCAACCUGUAUCUAUGGAAUCAUCUAUAUUCGUAUUUCACGAUGAGCAUUGAUGUUCUUUCUUC